ACGUGAAUCGUGGUCGAGCAAGCAUGGCAGUUUGAUGCGCAGUGGUUAAAGAGGCAGAGCAUUCGUAAAAUGUUUCUGCCACGCGCCAGAUCGAUUAGGUUAUAACCGCCGUGCGCUUAUCAUGCCGACUAUAUUUACAAAUAUUAUUUAUUAACCAGGAUCUCCGAUCGUGUCGCGGGAGCAUCCGUUCCAGUUUUCAGUGUCGCGCCCGAUAGAUUUUUUAUUUCGUCAUUACUAUUAUCAUUAUCAUUAUCAUCGUUGUUGUUAUUAUCGUCAUUUUAUUUUAUUUUUCUUAUUUUAUCGAAAAUAUCCAAAGGAUUACCGAGUACAGGGGGAUCGGAUUCUACCGUCGUGAAAGUGACCGGUUGGUUUGGUUUUUUCAGUGGUUUUUCCAUUGCCACGGAAGUUACACAUUUCACGGACCGAUGAGAUCCAGGCCCACCACGCCCGUUGAAAGCAUCCGUGUCUAUUAUCUCUCCCGGGCUAUCGCCUAUUUAAUUAACAUGUGUAUAGGUGGUUGCGUGGCGUGUUUUCUGGUCCAUAAUAGAUUCGACCAAUCGGAGAUGACAUGCGCUUCUUGACGUCAUGGCGCCCUGGCUCCUCAUUGGUCGUACAGCCGCCACCGUCCGCACCGUAACGUCGCGUUUCGCUUUGUCAGUUCGGGCCUUGGAGCAGCCCGCUCGGCGCUCGUUCCCGACGACCCAGAGUCGAGUUUGCUUUGUUACGUCCCUAUCGCUCGUCAACAAAAUUCACAUCGUUCGAUCCGUACGGUCCGGUUGUUCCGCGUCCGUCAAAAGUCCACCCCGUCGAGUCCGUCGACCUCCCGUGCCUCGCGCCAUUCGCGGCGUGCGAUUUUUUUCCCCGUACCUCCGCGAAAUUUCACACGCCUAAAAAUAAGGUCAUCGCACGCGUUUCGAAAGCCGCGAUUCUCACCUCCGAUCCUCGAAGGGAACGCAACAAUUGAAACGCACGCUUCGUCGGCGGGGGGGGGGGGAGGGGGAGGGGGGUUGUGCGGUCAGCGGGAGCGAAGACGUCGACGAGGACUCGGAAACGCGGAAUCGCCACCCGAUAUAUUCCGCCGUCGAACGCGAGGAACGAGAAGAAAAAGGACGUCGCGGGCUUCGCGUGGCAGAGGUUUACCCUCGGCCCAACCGUACCGCCAGCUUCGCAGAAGUCCCCGAGUGAAAUAAGAAGAUUACCGCCCUCGCGACACUCGUACCGGACCUCGAGAUCCCCCCGCAGCAUCCCCUCGGUUACAACGAACUUUCAGUUUACACUUCGUAUUAACGCGUGCGUGAAUAUGGUACCGCGAUUGAGAACGCGCUGUGGGGGACCGGCGUUUCCCGUGAAAACGUGUCGCAAUGUCUGAAAAGAAGGCUCCGGUAUCCGCGUCCGGAUUCACGUAUUCCUACGAAAUUUUCGGACGGUGACGUUUCUCCGAGCGCGAUAAAUUCGAAAACUAACCUCGCGGCGGCCGGUGGGAUCAAUCGAGGUGAUAAAUGAAUCGCAAUCGGGACAUUGCCGCGGUUAUCGCGACGUGAACGCGGACAAUGAAAAAAUGUGAAAAAAAAUGAAAACGGAACGGUGAGAAGAGACGAGAUGAUAACCGAGUGGAGUGGCCGGAUUACCCCGUUGCAACGACGUCGUCGGAGCGAAAAAUGAAGACGAACGACGUAUCGCGCGGACGAAAUUCGAGACGAGCUUGCGAUUAAGAAAAUUUUCAAUCGUCCGCUCGCAACUCCACGUCCAGUCGAUCACCUUCACCUCGUACGGGGAAGAUCGCGACGCGGUAAUCAAUCAGCCGGAAUCAACAACGCGUCUCCGACAUCAAACACCCCAAAUUUCGCCAAUUAUAUCGUCGCUGUGCGCAUACAUUUGCAAUUUUGCGCCUCCGAUCCUCGAUGACAGUUGUUUCACUUCUUUUGAUUUCCAUCGUGCGCGACAACGACAGCCGGACAGGUUUGGUCCGGAACGUACGAUCUGCGUGCACGUAUGUAUUUUAUAACCAAUAUACCCGCUGUGUAUGGCCAUUUUAAAUCCGACACGGUGCACGUGAUUACUCGUUGACAAAGACCAAUUGUAAGGAAAAUCGAGGGAGAUGGGCAGACGUCGAAUCGUGUCGCGGGUAUUGACCGGAGAUAUUCGUUCGCUCGCCGAAGCGGAAGUCUUCGAAGUCUUCCGAUUCGUCGAUAUUUCCUGAGAAUCGCGCGAAAUCUUUCCACAGAACGAUAACUCGGCAAUCGCGUGCCAUCGACGAAAUCAUUGGAAAUAUCCGUACGUCCGAGAGAGAUAAUCGUGGACAAAAUUUGCCAACUUUUACCGAGCGAUUGUCCGUCGCAAUAAUUCGUUCCAACGAAAUUUACGAUAUCCCAUAUCGAGCCGCAACACCGGCAGCAGCAGCUGUCAGCUGAGCGCGAGUUCGCACGUUCGCUACGAAGCCGGUCGAAUCGGCCGGAAUCAUCGACGAUAUCCCAAUUUGCCCCGUUACGUUGUACCGCAUACGUGCAUACGUGUACCAUUUGCAUAAUAACGCGGUUGUCGGACACUUUUCCGCCGUGCAAUCGCACGAUCGGCGGUUACGUUCGCGCAUCGGCCCACGCACCAGCUGGUCUCCGCGCGAGCGUGACACAAAUGUACAAGGUGGGCCAAAGAUAGGCAAAAUAAAUCAUCGGCCGAACGACGUAGUUUCGAAUCGGCGGUGAAAAAGUGGGCAUUUCCCCGACACCGAUCGCAUCGUUUCUCGAUCUUUCCAGUUCCGUUCGGAAUCUAACGAUCUCGUCGUUGGUUUUUCACAGGCACCCGGGGCCGGGGCGUAAAACCGAGGGAGAUAAACCGAAAAGAAGGACUCGACGGAGGAGAGACGGCCGCACGGUCCGAAGGAAGUGAGAUCGGAAUCGGAGUUCGUUACGCAAGGGGUCAAGAACCGAGGCUCGGUGUACCCGGAGGAAAAAGUCCCACCGAUUCGACGGUCGCCCUACGCGCGAACGAAGAAAACUAUCGGCAGCCGGUGCGGAUCUGCAAAGUCCAGGACAUCUCCCGACGAAGAACGGGACGAGGAUUCUGCCAAACCGUUCGACAUGAGCCUGGAGACACUUCUCGAAGCUGCGCGCUAUGUGGAGUUGCAAGAGAAGAAGAGAGAACGCGUGGCAAGUACCUCGUCGGACAACGCGAACACCCCCCACUUUCACCAUCUCUCUGCAAGCGAAUCACGCGAGGAGGAACCCGCGGCGGAGCACGGCAGAACCAAUGGAAAUCAUUACGGAAUGCAACGAGCGAGUCCGGUGGGCUCGAGUUCCCGCGGUACGCCGCCCAGCUCCGCUCACCUGACGACGCUUCACACCUCUCAACAACAGCAUCACAACAAUCACAACAAUUCGCAUAAUCAUUACCUCGAUAAUCACAAUUCGAAUCACUCGAAUCACUCGUACGGCGGCGGACCGCUCGUCGUCGAUUUGGAGGCCAGCAACGACACGAAGAGACAUCGCAACGGGCCGUGCGUUAUCCGGUCCGGUACAAGGGAGGUCCACAACAAGUUGGAGAAAAACCGUAGGGCGCACCUCAAGGAGUGCUUCGAACUACUCAAGGGACAACUACCCGUCCAGGACGAGAAGAAGUCCUCCAAUCUCUCCAUACUGCACGCGGCCAUCCGACACAUACAGACUUUGAGGAAAAAGGAGCGGGACUACGAGCACGAAAUGGAGAGGCUGGCCAGGGAGAAGAUUGCGGCGCAGCAGAGGUUAGUCGGCCUUAAAAAGGAACUGGCCGCGACGUGGGAUCACAUCGACUUCAACACCAUGCUUCCGGAAUCGAGUGCUACCCUGGAUGUCACAGCGACUAAAAAUGUUUCAGAAGGUAUGGAUGUGGACGUGACCAGUCUGGCGAGGGGUGGCACCAGGUACAGCAGUACGAGUAGUUUGAGUAGCGCGGCAACGGCCAGUUCUCCGCAAAAUCUUCAAACCACCCAUUCGAACGCUACCGUUCACACCCAGGUAGCAACGGCUGCCGUCGUCUCUCAGACGCAAGGACUCAAUCUCGCCCAGAGUUCCAGAGAUAGUCCCCCGGCCAGUUCCAGUCCCGGAGCGUCCACACCCAGCAUUCCCACUCCGGCUCAGGAGAAAGUCAACGCUCCGCCGACCAUAGUUCAGCAGUCGCAUCAACUCCACUUACCGAUAAGCGCUCAAAUGUUGAAUACCGGUCAAGGCCUGGCAACGAUCGUUAGUCCAACGAUUCAACAUCUCGGUACGGGUCUCAGGGUGAUACCCGGCGACACCAGGCAACUCUUGGUGACGCAUACGACGGGUGGCAAUGAAACGCGACCCUUGACUCUGGCUGUGCAAAAUUCGUCGGAACAAAACCGGCCGUUGAUCGCCGUGCAAUCGAGCAACGGUAACGAACCGAGGCCCGUGGCAUUGGUCGUUCACUCGUCUACGGCGAACGACAACCGGGUGACGUUUGUGCACUCCCAUCUGUCCAGCAGCGACAGGCCUUUGGCCCUCGCCGUUCACUCCACCGCCAACGAAGUGAGGCCCGUGACCUUCGUUCAUUCUGGAAAUGAGGGAAGACCCCUCGUCCUCGCCGCACAUUCGCCCGCACUGAGCACGACGAGUGGUGGUCAGGCGAGGAUACGGUCCGGAGAUCCGCAGACGACCCAGGCGAUCCAUAAAAUGGUAGGCGGGGUCACUCUCGUCGGUGGAAGCGGUUCCGAACUGACCAGACUCCCGGGCGGGGCAGAGCUGAACAUUUUACCUGCAAACGGUGUGUUCCGUUCCACGAAGGCUCACUCCCUCACUAUACAAGGAGGACUGACGCUGAGUCACGCCGGGGUAUCGAUUCAGACGACGACAGCGAAACCCGGAACUACCGUGAUGCAGAGCACUCCGUCCACGGAGGGUAUAGCUCACAUGGUUACCCCUUUAGGAAGCCAGCAUACCCACCUAUCCGGUUUAACGCCUCUGGUGACUCCGAUGACCGUUGUUUCGCAGGGGAAUCAAGUAACCGCUCAUAUUCUCGCACCUUCUAAUCUCGCUGGUAAAAUGAUCACGACUCCGAUACUGAAGUCGGUCGGUCAGAUGCCGCUGGUCAAUGCGCAGUACCUCAACACGGCGACAUUGGUGAAACCGGUUGUUGUCGUCAGCACACCGGCUACGACGGCGUCUUCUACCGCAUCUAAUUCCCUACCAACCGCAACGCCGCGCCCCGGUGUCUGACAGAAUAAAUUCUGGACAAAAAUAACGUGAGACACGGCCGACUCGGGUCUGUACAUUUUGUUGUACGAAAUGAAACGGUACACCCGCGAGAGAGCUCGGGCGUUUUCGAGGCGGGGUGGUCCGACCGCCGGGGGCAGAGCACCGAGAUCAUUUCUCGAAUGGUCCUUGCACGAAAUCUCUACAUUCUCAAGGACGGUAUUUAUUUAAAAAUUGUGUACAUCUAGCGAGUAAGAGAAGCAAAAUUGAAACCUAGAAGCAUUUGGAAACUGCAUCUUUUGCUUAAGGGACGUCGUCGCUAGACUCGACGUUACCGGAGGAAAGAGGAAUUGCGGUAUCGAUCACCGGGACGAUCGCCCCCCCCCCCCCCCGCACGGCACUCGGUUUUUUUCCCCCGCCCCCUCCAAGUGCCGUGUGAAUUUUGAUUUCAUCGUUAUCGCCACUUUUCAUCCCUCGAUUCCGCGUACCCCGUCGUCGUUCGAAAAUUGGUUCGAUCGAGAGAUCGCUCGAUUUCCACUCGGUUCGCGCUUUACGACCAACGUUUGGCAGAAUACCGGAUAGUCCGUUGUGCUACGUUGCUCUUCGACGUGACGGAUUCGCACCGUGUAUUCGGUUCACAUUUUCCGAAGCUCCGUACCAGCGCGCAUUCCGUCGACGACCCAACGAUUGUCACGCGGUAGUUUAACGAUGAAAUCGUAACCCUGAGCACACUCGCGUGUUCCUGUUCAUCGAUAAGCUCGCACGUUGCCACCGUAUGCGUAAUCAAUCGCCAGUUCCAUCGAAUUCUCGUCUACCCAUCUAUACCUGUACCCUGCCGUUAUACGCAGGGGUUGAAAUUGAUCCGAUACGAGUAGUCGACGGAGAGAAUUUUAGACCAGAUGCCAUCCCUUUUGUCUUCCGUCCCAAUUUUUUUUAUUUAUUAUUUUAUUUUUUAUUUUUUUUUUUUUUCUACAAUCUUUUGCAGCACGCGUUUCAUUGUCGCCAGUAGAUCGAAGCGACGCUGGCGGUAGAGUCAAUCUUGCGGAAACCCCACUCGCGCUUCUUCGGUCAAUGUUGAAAGGAUACGCGAAUAAUCAAGACGUACCAUGACAUUAAAGUACGAAUAUCGUCGAAUCGUCGAGUCGAAGACCAACGAAGGUCUACUUUUUAAAACCAGAGCUCCGAAGCUCCGAAGCCCUCGCGAAACGAUAUAACGUGUUCGGAUUUUUUUUCAAUCGUAUUUUUUUCAACAUCACCCCACCUUGCGACCGUACUGUUUUUCGUUUAUUUAUUUAUGUUUUUUUUUUCUCGUUUUUGUAAUUGUCGAAACAUUUUUUCAGCUCUCUAGUGGCUUUGAACUUUGAACGGUAAAUCUUGAUGAAAAAUAUCCAUACUUGGCAUGGCUUCGUAACACAAUCGGCGGAAAUCCGAAUGUUUCAACCCCUGUUUAUAUCUGCCAACGGAUCGGCCAUCUGUUCGUUAUCGCUGAACGGUGUACCGGGAUAUUUUAACAGACAUUUCGAUUGCGUAGAAUUUGUUCCCCUUGUUUGUGAUAUUGCGCUGCAAUUUCUCGUGAUUUCGCUUCUAGCAAAAUUCAAUUUCGAAUUACUCUUCUAAUGUUAACUCUAUCGACUGAUUUUGGAAAGUGUUGAACGAAAAGGUUGUUAUUCUCGGUAUGUGUGACUCUUGACAGCCCGUCGAUGUCAACUUUUUAUAGUUUAGUAUUAAAUAUGCGUAUUGUUUUUCUAUUUUAUUUUUUUGUUUUGUUCUUUUUUUCUCGUUUUUUUUUUUUUUUUUUCCCUCUGUUUUUGCAACCUCUAAAUUAUUCGUUAUUAUCGUAAGUUUAACAAUGUAAUCGUAUAACUUCCAGUGAAGCAAUCAACCUAUCGGGUAUUGUACAACUUGUCUCAAAGAGAUACCGCCGUAUAAAUUUACCGAUGCCGUUAAGUGACUAUCCGUAGUCCUCCUUCACGCAUAUCUUAUGUACAGGGUGUGUAUGUUAGAUAAGGAAGAUAUAGAAUUUGUAUGAUUUACCAAACUUUUAAAUACAUUCUCAGAGAAUGUGAUCAAAAACUUGCAUCUGCAUCCGAGCUUGAAAAUUCCUUUGAUUUUCUUUUACCGCCAAUUACACGUGUCGCGGACGAGUGUACCGAUGAAAUGCUGUCGAUCGAUCACAAUUUUCAGGUAGCUUGUUCUCGAUUGCUAUCAAUUUUUAUACAAUGCGUUGAAAUGAUUAUUCGCGAUGAGCUGUUUGAGAUCGAGCAGUUGCUUUCGCUGUGACCGUACCGUGCAAGCGAGAAUACGCCUCACGUACAGUUGUACGAGAUCUCAGCUUUUGGCUACAAAUCUGGGGUGAAAAAAAAAAAAAAAUGUCGCAAAACUGAUAACAUCUCGACUAAAAUCCUCAUCAUUUUAAGCUACCGUUACACGCAAUUAAUGUUGAAUUUACUACUUAUUAAAAUAGGCUUAAUAAAAAUGGUACCCAUAAAAACAGAAAGCAAAAGUGAAUUAAAAACAUGAAUAAAAAAAUUAAAAAAUGAAUGAAAUGAAAAAGAGGAAAAUGUAGAAAAUAUAAUUAAAAAAAAACAAAAACAAAAAAAAAAAUUACAAAAAAAAAAAAAUAGAGCCCUAAUGAAUACGUGGGGUAAGCGAGAUUUAUUAGUGGGAAAAGGAUGGGGAGAGUGUACACGAACAAUGUGAUAUAAGUAAUUAAUAAAUUUAAUUAACAAACGUAUUGAUUAAGGGAAAUGAAAUUCUAUUUCCACUAUAGGCAUCUGCCGUUAACUAUUAUUUACUAACAUCUCAAAAACAAGAAAUACCUAAGUUGUACAUAGUAUACAAAAACAAAAACAAAAAUAAUAAUAAUAAUAAUAAUAAUAAUAAUAAUAAUAAUAAAUAAUGAAUCAUGAAAUAUAAUUAUAUUGAAUACAA